AUGUCUGCCCUCCGCAACAGCCGGACUGCCACCGUGCAGGUCCGUGGAUUUGCUUCCUCCUCCAAGCUUCGAGUCGGGCCUGAGUCCCCUCAUUUCAUCAAUGUGCCAAAGAUUGUUCAGCCCACCAACCCCAGCAAACCUCAUGUCAGAGGUACUCUACCCGUGCCUCGCGAACUCUUCCCGGCCCGUCGAGCGGACAAGCCUCGGAAACAAUAUAUCGAUGCAGCCACACCACUCCCCCAGUCAGAGCGCACAGUGAGCCCCGACAGCAAGGAUCCCGAAAAGCAGGCGUGGAAAUACAAGAUGGCGGAUUUGCGGAGACAGAACCUGCGAGAGGGUCUCAAGGAACUGUACGCGCGCAAGAGGACCGCAGAUGGUUUAAUUGUCAGCCGCAGUCUUGAAAGUCAGAAUCGGCGGGACCGCAUUCUUCAGCAGGCUGAGCGUGAGGACGAACGCCUCACCCGGCCAUCCACCAUCCAAGCGAUGAUGCCCCAGAAACAGCCAGUUUUGCCCGACCCCAACCGGGAGGCACGUCUUGCCCUCUCUCGGGCACGCCUGGAAUCCAAGCAGGCGCAAAAAGAAGCUGAGCGCAAGCAGCACAUCCAGGCUCUGUAUAUGAAUGCUCGCACCUUCAUUACAACGGAAGAGCAGCUCGCCGCUGAGAUCGACCGGGCCUUCCCCGAGGGCGAGAAUGAGGCAUGGCGCAACGAUCACCAACCCGGCGAGAACAUCUGGAACCUGGGUAACCCCCCUACUAUCAACAGUCUUGCCAACAAGACUCGCGCCAACGAGGCUAUGCGCUGGGAUCUUAGUCAGGAACGUGUUAAGAAGCUUGCCGAGGCAAUCACUGGUGGUAAGCUUUGA